UCAAGAAUAUAAACAUAAGCUCCGCCCAGAGAAAUCAAAUAUCUCGGAAACUGAAAAUCUCGUUAUACCUGCAGCAACGCGACUGCGGGCGUUUUGAUACACAGUAUUGAACGCGACGUAGAGGAAUACUUUUCGACAAUCGUGUAAUUAAUUCUGAAUAAAGGCCUAGUUAUUGACUGCCGCUGGACUGCCUGAGGCUUGAUUUCAUACGUCUCUGAGAUCGGUGCAAAAUAUUUUGCGAUGGACAAGAUGAGGAAGACAGUGCGCUCUAUAACCUGUGUUUCCAGCCAUGAACAUUCAAGUGCACAGUGACUCCCACUCGUGCAGUAGAUGUCUUUCCCUCUCUAACUUUAUUCCUCUUCGUCACCCCUGCCAUCCUUCCCCUCUCCUCUCUCAUGCCUAUUAUGCCCUCUUCACUGCAUCUCUCCUCUCUUAUCUCUCCCAUCUCCAUCUCUUUGACUUUCCGUGCCUCCCAUCCUCUAUCACUCACACUGUCACUCCUGUUCUGUGUCUGAUGUCAUAAUGCUGCGCUGCGGUCGAGCAUUGGACCCCCCUUGCACUCUGGGUCUGUUGAUGGGCUUCCAGUUUGCGUUUGUCCUCUAUUUCUCCCUGGGAGGUUUUCGUAGCCUAGUGUCUGUUUUGGUUCAUUCCACUGAGCCGGAGUUUGACUACUCUCGACCGCAUGAUGUCUACACCAACCUCAGCUCUCUGCUGCUUCACCACCCAGGACCAAGUGAACCAGAACAGCAGCUCAGAGACUGUGCACUACCCUCUCCACUGCUGGUGGGUCCUGUUUCUGUCCACCUCUCCUCACCCCCCUCCCUGGAGGAGAUAAAAGAGAAGAACCCCUUGGUGAACUUAGGGGGUCAUUACCGCCCACCAGACUGUGAGCCACAGCACCACACAGCCAUCGUGGUCCCCUACCGGAACCGCCAGACCCACCUCCGCGCCCUCCUCUACCAUCUGCACCCCUUCCUGCAGCGCCAGCAGGUCCACUACAGCAUUUACAUUGUGCACCAGUCAGGGAAUUCUACAUUUAACCGAGCAAAAUUGCUGAAUGUUGGGGUGCGUGAGGCACUGAAAGAGGAGGACUGGAGCUGUAUUUUCCUGCAUGACGUAGACCUGCUCCCCGAGAAUGACCACAAUACUUACACCUGUCACCCCCAGUACCCUACACAUCACUCCGUGGCUAUGGACAAGUUCAGAUACAGGCUUCCAUACUCUCAAUACUUUGGAGGAGUGUCUGCUGUAACCCCGGAGCAGUACCUCAAAAUGAACGGCUUUCCUAACCAGUACUGGGGCUGGGGAGGGGAAGAUGAUGACAUCGCAGCUCGAGUCCGUCUCUCUGGAAUGAAGAUAGUGCGUCCCCCAAUGUCCAUCGGUCAUUAUAAGAUGAUCAAACAUAAAGAAGAUCAGGGUAAUGAGCAGAACUUUAGAAGGUUUGACUUGCUUAAGCGCACAAGACUGAACUGGCGAUCAGAUGGACUGAGCUCACUCACGUAUGAGCUCUUGUCCAAAGAGCUGGAGCCAUUAUACACUAAUAUAUCAGUGAACAUUGGAGAUAAUCCUCACCAUCCCUCUGUUAAGGCUCUGCAGGCUGGAAAAGUGGGUGUGGUCAUCACAAAUCCUUCAAAAUUAGAACCCGCCCAUUUGAAGGCCAAUAACGGAAGUUCAAAUGUUCUUUCGAAUGCUCCUGUAAAACAAAAAGGAGGAUGAUAUCGAUAAUCAAAUUUCCAUACCUCAAUUGCUGCUCAGAGUGAAUUUAUAUUAGGCAUUCUUACAGACAAAUUCAUUCCACUGAAAGUGUUGAGCAAAGGGUUCAGCCAUCUCUGAAUGUCUUUCAAACACUGAAAUGCUGACAUUUGCACAAGUGUGCAAUAAUUUGCUGUCGGAGCCGUGUCUGAGUGGGCAGAGUUGAAAAUGCUCUUGAAAGUGACCUAUCAAUGUAAUGUGCAAUACCUGUGCAAGUCCUAUGUAUAUUUAAAGCCAACCUGCUCCCAGCUGCUGCUCUUUACCCCACUGUGUGGGUCUGUUUUUCUGUUUUUUUUCAUGCCCUUUAAGUCUAUUAUCAACAUGCCAUGACCAGUGUUGGGUAAGUUACUUAAAAAUAAAAGUAAUCCACUACAA